AAAUCGUUUCCUUGUCUUCCUAACGCUGCACCCUCCUACUAAAAUCCCGUCUAUAUUUGCUCGCUUCGAUUGUCUGUAUGUUUCAUCACAUAUGUAUUUGUUAAGGCGAAAUUCCACCUUCCAUGACUAAGCUGAAGAGGCUGUUCACCAUCAUCCUAAGGCUCCUCGCCUUGGGUGCUACCACUUCCGCCAUCAUAAUCAUGGUCACUAGCCAUGAUUCCACGGAAGUUCUGAACCUGAAAUUCACAGUCAAAUAUAGCAACUCUCCCACUUUCAAGUAUUUUGUGAUUGUUGAGGCAAUAGCGAGUGGCUACACAUUGAUGGUUCUCUUUAUUUCUCCCAAAAGUGUGUUUUCGCCAUUGGUUGUGGUACUAGAUAUAGUGACAACAUUACUACUAACAUCAGGCAUCUCGGCAGCUCUGGCAAUAGCAGAGGUGGGGAAGAAAGGGAAUAGUCACGCCGGUUGGUUUCCCAUCUGUGACCAAGUUCCAAAAUUUUGUGACCGCGUCUCCGUGUCCCUUAUCCUCGGUUUCGCUGCGCCCAUUGUUUACUUUGUGCUUAAUCUGUAUUCUCUUCAUCCUGUCUUCAACCCUCUUUUUGCUGUCAAGCCUUAGGCAAAUUAUGGAGAUUUAGCACUAUUAUAUAUCAGAAAACUAAAGUGCAAUCUACACAGGGCGCUACAGCACUCUCAUUAUUUAUUGUUCCUCUUUUUUCUUUUUCUUUUUUCCUUUUUUUAACAUGGAUAAUUUUAGAGCGAGGAAAAUUUUUUUUAAGUAAUUGAUGGAAAUAGAAUUCUUAAUCUACU